CCUAUACACACACAUUAGAUCUUGACCGUCAACACCUGUUGCUCUCUCUCUCUAUUUCUGCCUUUGUUGCAAUCACGAGUACUCCCAUCAUGUUGCGUUGCGCUGCUACUGUCUGGAGUCGUCAGGCUCGUCCGGUGUCUUUCGCGUCGGCGGUGCGCUCCAUCGCCACCGUCACGGCCGACGACGCCCUCAAGUACAGUGGAUACAUGCAGAUCGACUUUACCAUUCCCGAAGAUACACCCGUCUACGAUGCCGUGCAAAAGUUUGCCGCCUUUAACAUUGGCUGUCUCGUUACUACGGAUAAGGCUGGCAACAUGACGGGUGUCGUCAGUGAGCGCGAUUACAUUUGCAAGAUUGCCUUGUUGGGACGCACGUCCAAGGAAACACCCGUCAAGGAAAUCGCCACCCGCGGCGCCAACAUUAUCACCGCCAAGGCCGGAGAAUCCGUAGAAUCAUGCAUGGAGAAAAUGAUGAGCAAAGGCAUUCGGCAUUUGCCCAUAGUGGACGAUGCCGAAAAGGUCAUUGGCAUGGUCUCCAUCAAGGAUCUCGUCAAGACCGUCAUUACGGAAAAGGAACAAACCAUCAAGGUAUUGUCCGAUUUUGCCCUCGGCAAGGGGGGACACUUUGGUAGCGAGUGACAAUGACACGCAAUAGAUAGCAAAUAGCUGAUUUACCAAAACACUACUUUUGUG